AAUACUGUGUCAACGUUUGUUGCUGACUGGCCCUUUAGUGUGCAGGUGGACCCAGGCCAGAGAAGCAGUGAGGAUGGGAGGUGGAGGGCAGCUGACUGAGCCAGGAGAGCCGAUCAGCGGGCGAGCUGCUGGUGUCUACACCUGGGAGGAGGUGCAGAGCCACUGCAACCGGAAUGACAAGUGGCUGGUGAUUGACCGAAAGGUUUACAACAUCACACAGUGGACCAAAAGACACCCAGGAGGGAUUCGAGUCAUCAGCCACUAUGCUGGAGAGGAUGCCACGGAGGCAUUCACUGCUUUUCAUCCUGACUUAAAGUUUGUGAAAAAGUUCCUGAAGCCGCUGCAGAUUGGAGAGCUGGCAGCGACAGAGCCCAGCCAGGACCGAAACAAAAAUGUGAGCUCCCUCUAA